CCCUAGUUAAAAAAUGCCACAUUAAUACCAGAAGAUUUCCUUCUUAUAUCUUUGAAACCCCAAAAAAUGAUGAAGCCAUUGCAUCCAGUUGGCGAUGAAGAUUUGUUCUUCCAGAUUUCAUUUCUGAACCGUUCUCCUCUCUCAAUACAAACGAUCCCAGAAGAUGACAUCUUUCAUGAAACUGCAGAAGUGAAGGAUUACGAAAGCUUUCCGCCUAAUUUUGGGAAUGAAGUUAUACCAAAGGGGAAGGGAAAGCAGCAGCAAAAGGAAUUUCCAGUUAAAAAUGCUGAAGAUGCUAACAAGAAGUGGAUGCAUAGAGAGACAGAAAGACAAAGACGACAAGAAAUGGCCGCUCUUUUCGCCUCCCUCAGAUCCGCUUUGCCUCUCGAAUAUAUCAGGGGAAAACGAUCAACAUCUGAACAAAUUGAUGGGGCUGCGAAAUAUAUCAAACACCUAAAGAACAAGGUAAACCAAUUGAAGGCAAAGAGAGAUGAGUUGAUGAAAAAUGGAAAUGGAAUCUCUGUUAUUGUUCAUCCUCACAAGGGUGGAGCUGAGAUUAUCUGCAGUUAUAGGUUCAGAGAGUACUUAUUUACUCAGUCAACACUCUUGAGUAUUUUGAUCAAAGAAGGGCUUAACGUGGUGGGCUGCACUUCUAUCACAAGGGACGAGACGUUCAUUCACACAAUCCAAUUAGAGGAUUCUGAUAUCGCUGAGAGUACUACUGAAUACUCUGAACUGCAAAGGAAGCUUACUGCAGCAAUAUUAUCUACAGAACAGAGAGACUGCAUCUGAACCAGAAAACUGUUGAUAUGUUGUUGCGCCGAUUUUGAACUUUACUAAUUCGAGCCAUUUGUACCUCCACGUGUAAUAAAAUCAUUGCUGAAAUGUAGUGCGCAUUCGAAUAAGGGGCUAGAUGCUUAGGUCGAGAAUACACUUUGAUAUUGGCUUAAUUAAUUGGUGUCUUUUCCAUGCAA